AUGCGAGGGGCCCCGGGGCGCAGCCACACUAACCGCGCGCCGNCCCCGGGGCGCAGCGACACUAACCGCGCGCCGCGAGCCCGAGCAGCAGCAGGACGCCGGCCAGCCUCGCCGCCAUCUCUCCGCAGCGCGCGCGGUCACGUGGACGCCGUCCGGUCACGUGAGCGCCGCCGGGCCGGAAGUGACGCUGGGCGCCUGCGCGGGUACGCGAGGCCGGUGGAGUCAGAGGCGGCCCCCUCGUCGGACCCGGCGCCGCUACCCUGCACGCUGGCCAUGUGGGAGCUGGGCCACUGCGACCCCCGGCGCUGCACUGGCCGCAAGCUGGCCCGCCUGGGCCUGGUGCGCUGCCUGCGUCUGGGCCAAAGGUUCGGCGGCGUCGUGCUCAGCCCCGUGGGCUCCCAGUACGUGUCCCCCGCAGACAGACAGCUGGUGGCACAGAGUGGGGUCGCUGUCAUCGACUGCUCCUGGGCCCGACUGGAUGAGACCCCCUUUGGGAAGAUGCGAGGGAGCCACUUGCGGCUGCUGCCCUACCUGGUCGCUGCCAACCCUGUGAACUACGGCCGGCCCUGCAAGCUGUCCUGUGUGGAGGCUUUUGCUGCCACCUUCUGCAUCCUGGGCUUCUCGGACCUUGCUGUCAUCUUGCUGCGGAAGUUCAAGUGGGGCAAGGGCUUCCUAGACCUGAACCACCAGCUCCUCGACAAGUACGCAGCCUGCAGCAGCGCUGAAGAGGUGCUGCGGGCCGAGCAGGAGUUCCUGGCCCGCGCCAAGGAGCGCCCCGAGGAGGAGGAAAUCGAUCCUUUUGACGUGGAUUCUGGGCGAGAGUUUGCAAACCCCAACAGACCAGUGGCUGGCACCCGGCUGCUUGCAGACGGUGACAGCGACAGUGAGGACGAGCCUGAGGAGCACGGACCUGAUGCCGAGGAGAGAGGAGACAGCAGCAGCAGCAGCCCUGAGGAGGCGGGUCCGCGGGAGCAAGGGGCAGAGGCCAGGGCCCCCGCAGAGGUUUGGAAAGAAAUCAAGAAACGGCAGAGAGACUAAACGUUCCAGACACAUUUAUUUUUCAUGGCGGAGUGAUAAGGAACUGGAGACACAGCAGGACUUGUGGGGACACAGAAGGGCCUGACAGCCUCGGCCCUUGCAGCACUGAGCAGCACCGGACUCUAUCCCCAUGCUUCCGACAGCUGUACUGUGGGGCCUUCCAGCCCUCCCAGUGAAGCUGCAGGUCAAGGAGA